GAGAGCGAGGCAGUGAGAGACACAAGGCAGGCAAAGAGUGAGACUGAGACAAGGAUGGAAGAGGAGGGUGAGGGGAGUGAAGGAGAGUCAGGCGGAGGGGCUGGGGUAGGAGCAGGAGGAACGGCAGGUGAAGGAGCGGUCAGUCCUGAUUCUGCAGUGCCCCCCUCUCGCACGCUGCAUCCUAGAGCAGCUGAGCUCCAAGCUCGCAGAUUAACCCCUGACCUCCCGGACAGCUUGUUUGAGCUCCUGUUCCAGUCGCAGGGUCGGCGUCUCAAUGACCAGCGCUGCUCCUUCCGGAGGGGGCGGGAGGGGCUGCAGAGAGGCUGGCAGUCCGAGCCAAGCACCCCCGUCGAGAAGCGUAAAGUCAUCUUCUCCUCGAUGACCUCGCUGCAGACGGAGGAGUUCUUUGAUAUGCUGGCAAACUCACAGGGGCGUCGCCUGGACACCCAAAGGGCGGAGCUACAGGAGCCCCCUCCUCCCUCCUCCCCAAGCUGUGAGAAUGAGGCCACAGUAGAAGGGGCGGGGUCAGAGGAAGAGCCAAAUUUGAGUGUGACAGAGAACCGUGGAACCGUGAAGAAAGCUGCGGAUGAGGAAUUGUACAGCAUGAUCCUGUCCUAUCAGGUGCAGGGUCGUAUUGAUGAGCAGCGCUCCCGCCCCCCUGGCCCUGUCGAUGAUGAGGGAUUCUUCUCUCUGCUGCUCCGGGUUCAAGGAGGGCGAAUGGAGGAGCAGAGGGUGGAGCUUCCAGAAGGACUCCUGCGAAGGGUCAACUCCCACUGACCCUGCCACACACCCACUUGCUGUCUGGAUAAACACCCACUUCCGGUCUGAAAACAACAUCACUUCCUCGAUGGAGACACACCACUUCCUCCCUGAGGCAUAUACCUCAUUUCCUGUGGUAUAUUUGCUGUGGUGUUGAAAGAAACAAUGACUCGCUAUCUCUUAAUGAAAUUGUUAUUUUUAAUAGUGCUUUCUCUACAACUUGUGUGAUUAUUGUGUGUGUGUGUGCGUGUCAGUGAAAAGAUCUGUAAAAAGUUGAGGCAAAAUUAACAAAAUACAAUUUUAAUAA